AUGCCAUCGAGCGACGAUGAUGCGACUCCCAUCGAUCCUGAACUUCUAGACGCGCGUCCCGUCGGAGUAGCGACCCCGGAGCCUGCCAGCUCCUUCGUGGAGGUCAUCGUCAACAUCUCCCCAACGACACAGCGCACAUGGUCAAUCCAGAGACCAGUUGUAAGCCGCCACUCCGCAUACUUGCGCGCAGCAUGCGAUUCCUCUUCGUCCAUAUCCCUAGACCUCACCAGCGACUCCCUGACCCUCGCCGCCCUCCAGAAUUUCAUCGAUUUCUCGCAUAGUAGCAUUUACAGCGUCAACAAACGCGCAGCGGGCCACCACAUCGUACAGACGCAUCUACAAUCCUGGGUCCUCGGUGCGAAGCUCGAAGCGCCUACCUAUCAGACUGCUGCCCUGCAGGAGCUCUACACCUGGAUCGAGCCGCUCGCGCGAGCGGUAAACGGCUCCGUAGCGGACAGCCCGAUCCGCGUCGAGGAUGUCGACUUUGUGUGCCGCAGGACGCAGGAAGGCUGCGUUCUGCGCGCCCUUGUCUUUGACGCGGUAGCGGCACACUGGACGCAGCAGGAUGCUAUAAACAUCGGCACCAACCUGGUUCGCAAGUCCACGCGCGAGGCAGCACCCGAACCGGGUCCUCAACCUACAGAAGUCUUGACUUGGACCGGCCUCUACAAUAAGUACCCCGAUUUCCGCAAGCGCAUUUCGAGUAGUCUGAAGGUGCAAGACAGCCAGCGCACCUGCCUUUUGCGACCUGUAACCGACUACAUCGCGGGUAAGACGGGCAUGCAAGAGGAGGAAUUUGUGAGCGAGGGAACUGUCAGUUCUUUCUUCGGGAUGAGACCGAGGGCGUCGCGUGGCGGGGGCCAUAUGAGGAGCCCGAGUCACAGACGGAGGAGCAGCAGCGCGAGUAGUGAAGGCUCACAGCGGGGAAGGUCGAGGGAGAGACAGGUUGGUGAGAAUGAGUACAUGAAUCUUGAGGAUGCUUGA